AUGGCGAACUUGUACUCGUGGCUUUUCCUUAUGAUUUGUGCCACUCUUUUGGUGAUGAGUUCGUCGCCGACAGCGGUGGUGGAUGCAGGAGGAAUGGGAAUGGGAAUGGGAAUGGAAUGGAUAUCAAACAAAAGUACCUGCAAGGGAUCCAUAGCUGACUGCAUGGAAGAAAGGGACGAGUUUGAAUUGGACAGCGAGAUCAACCGGCGCAUCUUAGCCACCACCCAGUAUAUCAGCUACGGUGCGCUCCAGAGGAACACUGUGCCCUGUUCUCGCCGUGGUGCCUCUUACUACAAUUGCCGACCUGGAGCUCAGGCUAACCCUUACAGUCGUGGCUGCAGUGCCAUUACAAGGUGCAGGAGCUAA